AUGUCAGAUCCCUUCGAUAUGGUGACGUUGAUGGAGUUGGUGCUCAGCCAAGGGUUUCGCACAGACCCCAAUCAUCCUGGCGUUGAGAAAUUGAGCGUUGUGCUUCCGAGCGCGUCCUGGCUAGAGAGUGAGAUUUUGGCCCCCUUCUCAGUGGGGUAUGUGAAGGGGUGGAGGAGGAGCCUCGCGUGCCUCAUUUGUUGCGAUGCCAUCCACACACUGGGAAUUGACCUUGCAGAUCUCACCCACGACUUUAAGGGUAAGCUUUUCAUCCAGCGCUUGAAGGGCGACUGGGACCGGGCUCCAAGUGGGAUGAAGAAGGCAUGGUCCUACAAAGACGCGUUCAACCUCCACGCGUGUUGUGGAGGGUUCUUAGCAAUUAUGAAUUCUCUGAAGCGUGAGAUUCCUCAGAGCGACUACCUGACCGCAGAAGCCCAAAUCAAGGAACAAUUCAACCUUUCAAUCCUCGAUCCCGAUAUCACGCAUUUCCUGGAGACGACGGUGCCACCGGUGUCAUUGAACAAUGUGAACUUUGUCAGGACGGUGGGUGGGCUAGUAUGUCUCGCAGUGUGGGGGUCCGUCUUACAAAAAUACGUGUGA